GCAAGAUGUUCAAACCCCAAGCCGCUUAUGGAAUUGAAUUGCUUCGCUGGAACUUUAAUUACCGCAUGGCUUGGUGUCGUCGGCCGCCGGAAAUACACUGCAGCCGGUGGUGACUCGGGUCGGGUCUAAUCUAUCCCUAAAUACUGCAUCUCCAAUUUUCCAUUCUUUGCAUUCUAAAGCUAACAUUCCCAACACCCGACGGCGCGGAUUCGAAUGACAUCGACAGGACCGCCUCCGGCGGCUCUGUCCAGCCUCUUGACGGUCAUCAUCACCACGUCGCCGACGCCGUCUGCGCCGUCGACCGAUCUCCUCUCAUCGGUACUGCUCUCGUUCCGGCAGCACUGCCCCGGCCUGGUCUGCUGCCGCGUCAUCGUCGUCUUCGACACGUAUGACCGGAUCGAGGCCAAGGCGCGAUUGAAGAGGGGCACCGUGACGGCCGAGGGAGCCAGAAACUUUGCCUUGUACAGGGACAACGUCAAGGAGCUCAUCCUAGAGGAGUACCGGCCAGACCGAGACCCGGACCAGGCCCUCACCCAGGACGACGGAGUAGCCGAGUACGGCCUGAGCGGCGACUGGAACAACGUUUCCCUGAAGAUAUCGCACACCCACGACAAAUGGGUGACCUUCAUCGAGCCAACCCAGCGCCUCGGCUUCGGCCUAGCCGUCCGCUCCGCCCUCCGGCUCACCUCGACCCCCUACGUCUGGAUCCACCAGCACGACUGGACCCUGAUCUCGGACAUUCCCCUCCAGGCGAUGCUGCAGGUGAUGCAGGCCUCCUCCUCGGAAGCCGCCUCGGCCGCCGCCCCCGCACCACCACCACCACCCGUAAAGUACAUCUGCCUCCCCUCGGUGCGCAUGGCCUCGUACGCCGUGUCGCCGCACGUGACGUACUUCCCCGAGCUGCGCCGCCUGACGGCGUCUCUGCGGCGCGACUUCUUCGCGGCGUCCGGCAGCAGCGCCGAGGAGGGCACGACGACGACGACGAUACCGCUGACGCCGCUGUUCUUCUGGCACGACAAGCCGCACGUCGCGUCGGUGGGCCACUACCUGGAGCGCGUGUUCCCGUCGCGCCUGGCCAUGCCGAGGGGCGCGUUCAUCGAGGACACGGUCGGGCACCGCGCGAGGGGCCAGAUGAAGGGCGGGGUGUGGGCGAGGUGGGCUUGCUGGCUGUAUUACCCCGACGAGGGGCGGAGGCUGUGCUUGAGGCAUCUUAAUGGUCGGAUGUGGAGGAGUGCGGAGUAUAACUUGCAGAAGAGGCUGCUGCAGCAGGCGAAGGGGAAGGAGGGAGGGGUUGAGGCGGAUGAGGUCGAUGAGGCCGAUGAGGGCUGAGAAUUGCUGAGCUGACCUGUCUCGGGACGGGGGUCUAGUCGUCAGAUAUGCCGGAGGGAGAGGGGGCUGCUUCUUAACCAGUGCCAUACUGUUUGAAAUGGCUGGGUUUGUUGGAGAUGAAGCUCACGACCCGACAUAGGAUGCCAUCAAUAGACAU